CUUACCUUCACACCAAACAUCUUCUUAAAUAAACUCUUCUUACUUUUUUGAUUGGUCCUUAAACCCUUCUUAAUUCUCCUCCCACUUUCUUGAUACAACUCUCAGCCACUUCCGCUGUGCUUAAUAUUGUUAGCAGCUUUCUACUGUGUUGGGCCUGGCAAAGUGAAGGUCAUGCGUUAUGCCACUUUCAGUUUUGGAUGUUCAUCAAAUGAGAAUUGCUAUAGCAAAACCAAGAAGAUAGCAGUUUUUCUUUCUCAAAUUCCUAGGUAUAGAAGAUGGUACAACAGCAGUAGUGCUGGACUUUCUUCGAGAUUUUCCUCACCCGACGCUCAUCCAAUUCUUCGAUCCUGUGGUCUUCAGCAUUGGUUCAAGAAUUGGCAAGAAUUGAGAAAGAAUAAACUUACAGCUAGCACUUUUAGUCAAGCUGUUGGUUUUUUUCCUAAGCGCAGACCCCAACUCUGGUUGGAGAAAAUCGGGGCGAUUGAACCCUUCUCGGGGAAUUUAGCUACGUGUUGGAGUAACAUCAAAGAAGAGGAGGCUCUUGAGAGGUAUAAGCUGAUAACUGGAAAUCCUGUCUCUUUUACUGAUUUUCAGGUAUAUCGGGAAAUGAAGAGAGAGGAUGACUGGCUUGCAGCUUCCCCUGAUGGCGUGGUUGACAAGUUUGUUUAUCAUUUGCCAUCGAGAGGGGUUUUGGAGAUCAAAUGCCCUUUCUUCAAAGGCGAUAUGAGUGCUGCAACUCCUUGGAAAAGAAUUCCGAUCUUUUAUGUUCCACAAGCACAGGGUUUAAUGGAAAUAUUGGAUCGAGAUUGGAUGGACUUUUAUGUUUGGACUACCAAAGGAAGCAGUUUGUUUAGGUUGCAUCGUGACGAAGAAUAUUGGAAGCUCUUGAAGAUUGCACUUUCUGACUUCUGGUGGAAGCACGUCCAGCCAGCAAAGGAGUUGUACGAGAGAUCACAGAUCAAAAAUCCCCUUGUCGAACUAGGCUUCUAUAAGCCAGAACCUCAGCAUGAAUUGUUCCGGUCUAUCAUCUAUGAAAGCAGGCGUGUGCUUGACAAUUCCGUGUUGCUUAUGCGUGAAAUAGAUGGAAAAUUACAAAACUGAGAUUCCUUUAGAAAGAUUGCAGUGUUACUUAUUCUAUUAGCAUACUUGAACUCCAAAAUUAAUCAAGAUACAGUGGUUGGAAGAUCACAUGCAUUGACACGGGCCAGUUGAGCAAAUGAACUUCUUCAAUAGCCAAAGUGGAGGCAGAUGUUAGGACAAAGUUGGCACAAACUCUUAUGGAGAUAAGUCAAGUUGGAAAUUGCUGUUGUUGACCCAAUGACAAACCUUCAAAUAGGAGCAGGAAGCAGUGAUUGCAGAAUGAGAGUCCCACGUGUUGUCAUAUUGCAGAGCAUGCAAAAAAUUAUGUUGCACUUAUGUAUAAGUAACGAAGCUUUGUGAAGAAAAAUAUGUUGGGAGUUGAAAUGUCUGGUAUGCAGUGCUGCUCUUACUCCCCCAGCAUCUGGCUGCAUUGCUGGAGAAAGUCAUUGAAGCUCAAGAUUUGGUGCAGACAUUGAUUCAAAGUAUUCAGAUGCUGAUGUUGAUGACUAUAUGAGAUUUAUGCCCCAAUUAUGCAGUAGAUGAUAUUUGUGUAAUGAGGAGGCGAGCAGCAGCCAUCUGUUUCUAACUGCAUAGUAGCUAGACCACUCUUGAACUCUUUUUUCAACUUGUUCAACCUGUCAUUUGUUAGCCAAAAAAGUGAAGGAAGUGCUGAACAGCUAGGGCAGUGAAGGGAUCAGUAAAUCACUGAAAAGAAUAUGGAACACAGAGCCAGCUUGCAUGUGUUGGAUCUUGUGGGGAGAAAUGAAUUCCAGUGCUGUGGGCACCCAGCAUCCUGCAUCAAUUGACUGCAGUGCUCAUGGAAGCCGAAGAUUUUGCAGAUUCUAGCAGCGAUACAUAUUCAGAUGCUGAUGUAGAUGUCCGCAUGAGGUAUGCUAUUUACUCAAUCACCACCGAAACACUAAAUCCUGCAGUCAUUUGUUUGCAUAUUUUUAGGAGUUUUACCUGAUUUCUUCUGAAAGUGUUGAAGAAUUUCCUGUACAAUGAUGGCAUUAUCAGCCGCUCGUCUAUGUUGUUGGAAGCUAGUCUGGGUAGGGCUGAUGAGGGUAGGUAGUAGAGGUUUAAUACGUUGUACUAAAAGUCUUGUAAUUAUCUUAUAGAUUGUGGAACAUAGGCCAAUAGGGCGAUAUUAAGUAAUCAUGGAUGCAUUAUGAACUUUUGGAAUGAGACAUACAUAAGUUUGGUUAAUAGUUUCAGGAAUUUUGAAAAGUUGAGAAUAUUUGGUGACUGAAAGCAACGACUUUCGGUCCCACUUCUGUCCAGUUGUGUUGAUAAAAGAAAGGGUGUAAGCCAUCUGGUCCAGGUGCUUUGAAGGGUUUAAAAGUGUUAGCGGAAACGUAAAAGAAAGAACACAAG